AUACAGAAAAUUCCCAUCUCACCGUCAUCGUUCCUCCGCCCCGGAAGCAGAUUCCGCGGCACACAGCAAUCCGAGAGACAAGUCUACGAAGUCCAGGUCGAGAUCAAGCACGUCGACCUGCGCGAGUCUUUUCUCUGUGGCUACUUGCGUAUCCAAGGAUUGACUGAGGACCACCCAACCCUCACUACCUACUUUGAGGGAGAAAUCAUCGGCACCAAGUACAACUUCUUCACCAAGCACGAUGACUGGGGGGCCAACUCCAAGGUCGACCUGAGUCACUGGUCCAAAUUCGGCGCUUUCCGGCCGUACCAGAAGAUGGCUCGCAAGGGGCCCGUCACCAUCACUGACCUCGCACAACGAGACCACAUCUUUAUGCGGUGGAAAGAGCAUUUCCUGGUCCCCGACCACCGGGUUCGAACAAUCACUGGGGCCUCAUUUGAGGGCUUUUACUACAUCUGUUUCAACCAGGUCAAGGGAGAGAUUAGCGGCAUCUAUUUCCACUCCAAGAGCGAAAAGUUUCAACAGCUAGAGUUGAAGCAUGUUCCUGAUCGGGGAUGCUUCAGUGCCAUGGAGUUUCGGUGA